UCUGAACAAUGAGUGCGUGCGGAGCGCGAGCAGCCCGGAGAAUGUGAACGUGUGAUUUUGUUUUUGUUUUUUGCACCGAUGUUCAGCGCAGUGCGUUUCUCCUCGUCUGGUCUUUCAAUGGGCGAACAACCGUGAACAUGUGGACACCGACGGAACACGAGAAAUUCGGCGUGGUGCUGGCCAGUUUUCGGGGAACAGUUCAGCACGGCUUGCCUCUGGAGAUUGGCGACACCGUGCAGAUCCUGGAGAAAUGUGAAGGCUGGUACAGAGGCUUUGUGCUCAAGAACCCAAAUGCCAAGGGGAUUUUCCCAUGCAGCUACAUUCAUUUGAAAAAUGCUCAAAUCAAGAACAAGGGGCAGUUUGAGACCGUUGUGCCCACUGAAGACACAGUCAUUACAGAGAUGACGUCCACAUUGCGGGAAUGGGGCACCAUAUGGAAGCAGCUUUAUGUGAAGAAUGAGGGCGAUCUGUUCCACAGGCUGUGGCAUGUAAUGAACGAGAUCUUGGAUCUGCGGCGGCAGGUUCUGGUUGGUCACCUGACUCACGACCGCAUGAAGGAUGUCAAACAACACAUUACUGCACGUCUGGAUUGGGGAAAUGAGCAGCUGGGCCUGGACCUGGUCCCCAGGAGAGAGUUCAGCAUGGUGGACCCUGAUGACAUCAGCGUCACUGAGCUGUACAGACUGAUGGAACAUCGGCACCGUAAAAAGGACACCCCGGUCCCAGCAAGCACACAUCACCUUUUUGUACAAAUGAAGAGUCUGAUGAGCUCAAACCUGGGCGAGGAGCUGGAUGUUUUUUUCUACAUCUACGACAGCAAAGAGAGCCGACCUCUCAGUGAAAGGUUCUUUGUGAAGCUAAAUAAGAACGGCGUGCCCAAGUCUCCAGAGAAGACGGAGACACACUGUACCCUUUUUGUGGACUUGGGGAGCAGUGACCUGAGAAAGGAUGUGUAUAUUGUUGUUCACAUCAUUAGGAUAGGGAGGAUGGGUGCCGGUGAGAAGAAGAACACAUGCAGUGUGCAGUACAGGCGUCCGUUUGGCUGCAGCGUGGUCAGCAUAGCAGAUCUACUCACUGCUGACACGAAAGACGACCAAGUCCUUAAAGUUUAUGCAUGUAACACCGAGAGUGACUGGAGUCAAACCCACGACAACAUCAUAAAGAAGGUGAACUCCAGAUAUAACCUGUCAGGAUCCAACACAGGCCUAGCAGUGAAUCUUCAGUUACUCCACGGGGAAAUUGAGCAGUUGAGGAGAGAGUACAUGGCCAUUUUUUCCCGGGGUGUCUCCAUCACCAGGAAACUCGGCUUUUCUGAUGUCAUCAUGCCAGGGGAGAUGAGGAAUGAUCUGUACAUCAUCCUGGAGAAAGGAGAGUUUGAAAAGGGAGGGAAGACAGUAGCGAGAAAUGUGGAGAUCACCGUUUAUGCACUGGAUGUUGCCGGACAGAUUCUCAGGGGCUAUGUUGCAGCAGGUUCAGGUGAGCCGGGGGACGAUGAGUAUCACUCAUUUGUGCUGUAUCACAACAACAGCCCACGCUGGGCCGAGCAGAUCAAGCUACCCAUCCCUGUUGACGUGUUCCACGGCUCCCAUGUCCGCUUUGAGUUUCGCCACUGCUCCACAAAAGACAAAGGGGAGAAGAAGCUGUUUGGAUUCUCAUUUGUCCCUUUAAUGCAAGAGGAUGGACGAACUCUGCCUGAUGGCACACAUGAGCUCAUUGUCCAUAAGUGUGAGGAAAACGCUAAUCUUCAGGACUGUUCUCGCUACCUCAGUCUACCCUUCUUCAAAACCACCCUGUCGGGAAACAACCAAACUUUGAAAGGCAGCAAAGAGUCUUUCUGGAUCACCUCAUUCCUCUGUUCCACCAAACUUACUCAGAAUGGUGAUAUGCUGGAUUUGCUGAAAUGGAGGAUGCACCCUGAGAGGAUCGGUGACAGCCUGUCUAAAUUAAAGGAGAUUGAUGGCUCUGAAAUAGUUAAGUUCUUACAGGAUACACUGGACACACUCUUCGGAAUUUUGGACGAGAGCGCACAGAGAUAUGGUCUCAAAGUCUUUGAUAAUCUUGUGCACAUUAUAAACUUACUUCAGGACAGUAAGUUCCAGCACUUUAAACCCGUCAUGGACACCUACAUUGAGAGCCACUUUGCAGGAGCUUUGUCAUACAGGGAUCUAAUUAAGGUACUGAAAUGGUAUGUAGACCGCAUCAUUGAAGCCGAACACCAGGAACACAUCCAGCGCGUACUCAAAGCGACAGAGUACAUAUUCAAAUACAUUAUCCAAUCUCGAAGGCUGUUUGCACUCGCCACCGGAGGCCAGAAUGAAGAAGAGUUUCGCUGCUGUGUGCAUGAACUGUUCAUGUCCAUCCGCUUCUUCUUGUCGCAGGAGAGCAAAGGCUCUGGCCCUAUCAUGCACACACAGGCAGUGUUUCUACGGGCAUUUCCUGCAGUCUAUGGGGAGCUUUUGAAGCUGUUCACUCUCAAAGAGGUGGCCUCAUUUGUGAGAGAGACACUGGGGAGUCUGCCUGAUGCCUCGCAGUCAGACUGCCCCCUAGAGACUGUCAAACUGCAGUGCAUUUCCAAAACUGUAGAGAGCCAGCUGUACACAAAUACAGAGUCAAGAUGUAUUCUGCUCCCUGUGGUCUUGCGUUUGUUACAAAGUCACAUGCAGGAGCAGCGGGAUCUGGUGAUGUGUGCCCAAAUACUCACCAGCAUGCUGUCCAUCAUAAAGAAAUACGAUACGGAGCCAGCCAUGUCUGAAGAAGUUGAUCUGAUAGUGGAGAGCCUGCUGGGUGUGUUAUUGAGGACCAUACUGGAGAUUUCCAACCGUCCACAAACCCCAGCUUCGACCAUGCGUCCUCAGAGUCAGGAUGUCACGGGGGAGUUUGUGUCAUGCCUUUUAGCUCUUCUCAAGCAGAUGGGAGAUCUACAUUACCAGCAACAUCUUCAGCGUUUCACCAGUAAAGAUGAGCUGAGGGAUUUUCUCCUGCAGAUUUUUACUGUGUUCCGGAUCCUGAUCCGACCCGAGAUGUUUCCUAAAGAUUGGACAGUUAUGCGGCUUGUCACUAAUAAUGUCAUCAUCACAACGGUUCUCUACCUGUCCGAUGCUCUGAGGAAAAACUUUCUUAAUGACAGGUUUGAUUAUAAGGUCUGGGAUUCGUACUUCUAUCUAUCUGUAAUCUUCAUCAACCAGCCCUGUCUUCAGCUUGAGACCUUCUCUCCUUCUAAGCGCAAAAAGAUUUUAGAAAAAUAUGGAGAUAUGAGAGUGAUGAUGGGUUGUGAAAUCUUCAGUAUGUGGCAGAAUCUAGGAGAACACAAGUUAAACUUCAUUCCUGCUAUGAUUGGCCCAUUUCUCGAGGUCACACUGGUUCCUCAGCCAGAUCUGAGAAACGUAAUGAUCCCCAUCUUUCAUGAUAUGAUGGACUGGGAACAGCGGCGAAGUGGCAAUUUUAAACAGGUGGAGGCGAAGCUUAUAGACAAACUCGACAGUCUGAUGUCUGAAGGGAAGGGUGAUGAAACCUACCGGGAGCUCUUCAACAGCAUUCUUUUAAAGAAGAUCGAGAGAGAGACAUGGCGAGAGAGUGGAAUCUCAUUAAUUGCAACAGUAACACGUCUGAUGGAAAGGCUGCUUGAUUACAGGGAUUGUAUGAAACUUGGAGAAGUGGAUGGAAAGAAGAUUGGCUGUACUGUCAGUCUGUUGAACUUUUAUAAAACAGAGCUAAAUAAGGAGGAGAUGUAUAUCCGCUACAUCCACAAGCUGUAUGACCUGCACUUGAAAGCACAAAACUACACAGAGGCUUCUUACACACUGCUGCUGUACGAUGAACUGCUGGAGUGGUCAGAAAGGCCCCUGCGAGAGUUUCUGAAUUACCCCAUGCAGAACGAGUGGCAGAGGAAAGAGUACCUGCACCUUACCAUCAUCCAGAACUUUGACCGCGGCAAGUGUUGGGAGAACGGCAUCCUCCUGUGUCGAGAAUUGGCUGAUCAGUAUGAAGCGUACUAUGAUUACAGGAACUUAAGCAAAAUGAAGAUGCUGGAGGCCUCCCUUUAUGAUAAAAUAAUGGACCAGCAGAGACUGGAGCCCGAGUUCUUUCGAGUUGGCUUCUAUGGGAAAAAGUUUCCCUUCUUUUUACGGAAUAAGGAGUUUGUAUGUCGUGGUCAUGAUUACGAGCGUUUGGAGGCCUUCCAGCAGAGGAUGCUCAACGAAUUUCCUCAUGCCAUCGCCAUGCAACAUGCUAACCAUCCAGACCAGACCAUCUACCAGGCUGAGGCCCAGUACCUGCAAAUCUACGCAGUGACUCCGAUCCCAGACAGCCAAGACGUCCUCCAAAGAGAUGGCGUCCCGGACAACAUCAAGAGCUUCUACAAAGUCAACAACAUCUGGCGUUUCCGCUAUGACCGGCCUUUUCACAAGGGCACAAAAGACAAGGAGAAUGAGUUUAAGAGUCUGUGGGUGGAGAGGACAACAAUGACCCUGGUGCAGAGUCUUCCAGGGAUCUCUCGCUGGUUUGAAGUGGACAAGAGAGAUCUGGUGGAAGUGAGCCCGCUGGAGAACGCCAUUGAGGUGAUUGAAAACAAGAACCUGCAGCUGCGCACGCUCAUCACGCAGUGCCAGACUCGCCAGAUGCAGAACAUCAACCCGCUCACCAUGUGUUUAAACGGUGUAAUCGAUGCUGCUGUGAAUGGCGGCCUUGCUCGCUACCAGGAGGCAUUCUUUGUAAAAGACUACGUGAUGAAUCACCCAGAGGACGGAGAUAAGAUUGGCCGCCUCAGAGAACUUAUGUUUGAACAGGCACAAAUACUGGAGUUUGGCCUGACUGUCCAUGAGAAGUUUGUUCCACAGGACAUGCGGCCCCUGCAUAAGAAACUGGUGGAUCAGUUCCAUCUCAUGAAGUCUAGCCUGGGGAUUCAGGAGCUCCCAGCAUACAUAAGAGCCAGUCCGAUCCACUUCCCCAACGGAAGCCCACGGAUCGGUCGAAACUCGAUGCCCAACAUCUUGAAUGUAGAAGGAGGACGUGUGGUGGCCCGCCGCAGUCCACUCAGCUAUCCAGCAGUGAACCGGUACUCUUCCUCCUCUCUGUCAUCGCAAGCCUCCAAUGAAGUGAGCAACAUCACUGGGCAGUCAGAAAGCUCAGACGAAGUCUUCAACAUGCAGCCAAGUCCAUCUACCUCGAGUCUCAGCUCCAAUCACUCAGCCUCUCCAAACGUGACGAGCUCAGCCCCCUCCAGUGCCCGAGGUUCACCUCAAUUGUCAGAGAAGCACAAGCAUGUCCGGGAGAACUCCUGCCUUUCUCCAAGGGAGAGACCUUGCAGCGCUGUAUUUCCCAAUCCGCUUGAUGCCACACAGAGGACAAUCCCACAUCCGGCAGGUGACGCUUCUCUGCCCCGCAGCGAUCCCAACAUCUCCAUUCCAGACAAAGUGGUCAAGCCUGCCCCAAGCAGCUGGAGUCUUGACACAACGUUCUCCGACUCUUUCGGAAAGCAGUUUUGCCCCCCUGUCCCUCCUAGGCUGCCAUGUUCAGGCUCUCCUGCUAAAAAUAUGAGAUCACAGUCACCAGGUCCAGUAUCAAAGUCACCACACAAGCACCCUGUGCCUCCCUUUACACCAUCGCCCACAGAGUGCCCACAUGCAGGACUCGUACCCCACUCCCCAGUGCUCUCCGGCAGCUACAGCAGCGGCAUCUCCUCUCUUAGCCGCUGCAGUGUUUCUGAAGCCUCGGGCACGGAAGUCACACCCUCCACCGACCACGCCCUCCCCACCUCCACUUCUAGUGGCUCAGAUGAGUUUUUUCGCAGAGAAAACAAGACUCCACCCCCUUACAGCAGCAACCCACGCCGACCGGUGCCCCUUCCUCACGGCCUUUCCAUUCCCACGAGUGCUGAUGCUCCGCCCGUCCCACCGAAACCCCACCAGCUUCGCAGCGUUAAGCCGGUAGAGCCGCUGCCGAGACCCCGUCCUCUUCCCAGGAAAGUCUCUCAGCUUUAAUGCUGCUGGAAAUUUAUUUAUAUAUAUAUACAUACAUACAUACAUACAUACAUACAUACAUACAU